UCGACUCCGCGUCCCGCUGCUGUGCCAGUAUUCAGAGGCCGCCGCCGCUAACCCCUCGCGGAGUUCCUGUGGCUACCACCGCGCGGAGUAUGGGGCGCUGAUGGCCAUGGAGGGCUACAGGGGCUUCCUGGGGCUGCUGGUGUCGGCGCUGCUCGUCGGCUUCCUGUCUGUGAUCUUCACCCUCAUUUGGGUCCUCCACUACCGGGAGGGGCUCGGCUGGGACGGGACCGCGCUCGAGUUUAACUGGCACCCUGUGCUCGUGGUCACCGGCUUCGUCUUCAUCCAGGGCAUCGCCAUCAUCGUAUACAGACUGCCAUGGACCUGGAAAUGCAGCAAGCUCCUGAUGAAAUCCAUCCAUGCAGGGUUAAACGCUGUUGCUGCCAUUCUUGCAAUUAUUUCUCUCGUGGCUGUUUUUGAUUUCCACAAUGCCAGGAACAUCCCCAAUAUGUAUAGUCUGCACAGCUGGGUUGGACUGACAGCUGUCAUUCUCUACAUCUUACAGCUUCUCCUAGGUUUUUUUGUCUUUCUGCUUCCUUGGGCUCCACUUUCUCUCCGAGCACUUCUCAUGCCCAUACAUGUUUAUUCUGGACUUCUCAUCUUUGGAACAGUGAUUGCAACAGUACUUAUGGGAGUGACGGAGAAACUGAUUUUUGCCCUGAAAAAUCCUGCAUACAGUACAUUCCCACCAGAAGGUGUUUUCACAAAUACCCUCGGCCUUCUGAUUCUGGUGUUUGGGGCUCUCAUUUUUUGGAUAGUCACCAGACCACAAUGGAAACGUCCUAAAGAACCAAAUUCUGUCCUUCUUCAGCCAAACGGAGGCGCUCCAGAGGAAAUGGAAGGUUCCAUGGCAAUGAACUUUGGCAAUAUGGACAAAUCAGAUUCAGAGUUAAACAGUGAAGCAGCAGCAAGGAAAAGAAACAUCACCCUUGAUGAGGCUGGACAGAGAUCCACCAUGUAAAAUGGGGUAGAGAUGUAGCCAUAUAACUUCAAUUAGUUCUAUAGUUUAGCUUCUCUUAUUUAGCCAUAAGAUGAUUGAGCUCCACAGAGUCAAUAUUUAUUCUAAUCAUAAAGUAGGAUUUCUUGAAAACGUUUGUAUUGAUUGAGGCCUGUGAACUUACCUGAAUUGGAAGGGAGAUGAUCAAUGUAAAUAACAGCAGGUGUAAAUUGUGGUUAUAUUACCUUGUUCUUGUUGAGGACCAAAGCAUUUAGCACAGUGCCUUGCAUAGAACAAAUGAUCAAAAUGUAUCUAUCGGUUGGUAAAUUUGAUAAACUGGCAGCUUCCCUGGCCUCUUGUCAUGCAGUCAUUUUCUGUUAAUUCUGGGAGUCCAGUUGUAAAGUUUUGGAAUCAGAUCAUGAAUAUGUGGGACAAGGUUAAUGCUACACAGAUGUCAUGACUAGAGCACAGAAAAAAAUUUAGGAAAGUAACUGGUUCCCUUUUCCCUGUGUCUACCCUUUGCUCCCUCCCCAGCUGUUUUAUCCUUAGAUUGGCCCUGGAGACCAGGGUUUAUAUUAGGGCAUUUUGGAGCAGUGAUGGAGCUGUAGGUAGCUGAAGAUCUUGCCUGGUCGGACCUGGAAGUUUUUCUGAAACUGACUUAAUCCCAAGGCUUCCUUGGGUUUGGUAUACUUUAUGAUCCAGAUUCUAAACUUAAUUAGGAUGAGAAUAUGCCUGAAUACUUAAGCAGUAUAAACUACUCCACAAACUUUAAAGAGCACUUUUCCCCAAGUUUCUGGUUUUUUUAAACAUGGAACUUACUAAGUGUCAGACACUAUUCUAAGCACUUUAUAAAUCUUAGCUAAUUCAAUCCCCAGACAAAACUUUUGCGGUAGGCACCAUUAAAAGCUCCAUUUUACAGAUGAGAGAUCUGAGGCUUGGAGAGGUUAGUAACUUGCCCAAGGUCACACAGCUCAUAAGUGGUGAAACUGAGAUUCAAAACCUGGCAGUUUGGCACCUCAGGUCAGUCCAUGAUCCUAACCACCUCACUAUGCUGUUUUUUCUGUUAUAUGCUAAUUUAUACCUGUUUUGACCCACCCCUGGAUAAACCUCAUUUGGUGGAAUGCAGUAGAGUUGUUAAAAUUUACCUUCUGGCUCUGUUUCCAAGGCAGAUUUCCCAAAUAACCAAGGAAAAAGGCCUACCCUUACCUGGAAAUUCAUCAUGGGCACCUUGCCACGGCCAACAAGCCAUGGCUUACCUUGAUGCCCCUUUGAUCUUAAAACUGUCUUGGUAACAAAGAAAAGUUUAGGCAAGAACAUCGCUGCUGAACAGCUUUGGGUUUGGAGAUAGGAGAUAUGGACUUCAUGGUCUGCCCUUCCCCGGGGCAAAAGCUAGGGUCCCUCCUGAUUUGGGUGGAAUUUUAGGGGACAUCUUGUGCUUUGGUUCUCAGUAAUGAAUUAAGACUCAGAGAUGACAAUUUUCAUGCAUGAGACCUCUGCCUAGGCUCUGGGCUGACUUAAAUUAAAACCUAGAGUGGCGCCUAUGCUGAAAUGUUGCUUUUCAUUUGGGAUUGAUUUUUGGUUUCCCUGCAAUUUUAAACUAUACAGUUUACACCAAAUAAACUUAACAUUUUUGGUGCUUAGUGAAUUUCCUUUUAGGGUAACUGGUAAUUACUUCCGUAGACUGAGUACAAGCUGUACUCCGUCACAUCCCUGAAGCUUCACAAUAUCCAUUCAAGAGUCCCUCACCAAAACACUGUUUUCUUACUUAAUUCUAUUUCCAAAAUUGGCAAUAGUGUCAUAAGAAUCCCUAGUGCCCAGCCCGAUGCCUGGCACGUAGUAGACACAUAAAUUCAGUAUAAGUAGAGCAUGCUACAAUUAGGGUGCUAAGUGGAAGGAUUAAUUGCAUUGUCACACACAAACAUAUUUUGGUGAAUGGAUAUUUCAUUACGUAGAGGUGCACAAAAUUCCAGGGCUUUUUAGGGGGAAGGGAAUAGUGACGGCCCCAAGGAUUGAAGCUGCCAUUCCAUUUCAUAUAGGCCAAGAAAGAGGUUAUUAGUUAAAAGUUAAUUAUGGAUUUGGCACUAGACUAUUCUGCUCCAUUGAGAAGUAUCUGAACACCCCUCAUCUCAGCCCUUUAUUUUAUCCCUCUUGUGGGCUAAUGUGAGGGUAAUCUUACAGAUAUUACAGGAACUUCUUUUCUUUCUUUCUCAACCUUUAUGAAAACAAUGCAUAGUCAAAUAUAUCUAGAAAACCUUUCUGUUUGAGACUCUUCUUUUAAUGGGCUUUUUAUUCUAAUGAUAAUUGUACCUUUAUCUUUCAAAAGCUGGUAUGUCCUGCCUAAAGCAUCUCCCCCCAGAAUAUCUCAUUAAAAAGGCCACAAAAAGAACACGGGAGAAGGAAGCCUUAGGUAUCAGUUCUAAAACAGUGAUUGAAAUCUUCCCAAAUAAUUAUAGCUUAUAUCACCUGCAGAGAUAGUAUGGCUUGGCUUACCUCAUAAUCUAAUUUCAGGAAAAAAAUGCUUUAUUUUAACAUUCAUCUAAAUCAGCACUAAAGCCUUUUGUCUCAAAGGGUUUAUUGAGAAACUCAGAUGAAUAUACUUUUUGAAUUAAUGAUAUCAAAAGUGUACAGCUUCCUGUGCUCCUUGUGUCAAACUGAAUCCAAAGGUGCCCUCCAAAGCACCUUCUUCCCUUUCCUCUCGUGGUUUCAUUUAAGCUGUGUGGGUUGGAAAGAGCAUCUCAGAGCUUACGAUCAAAUGACAAAGAAGGUAAUUGCACUUUUUAAGGAAUACUGACAAGUGGUUUCUGUUAAAGCAGGGGUCCCCAACCCCUGGGCCGAGGACCAGUACCAGUCCACAGCCUGUUAGGAACCGGGCUGCACAGCAGGAGGUGAGCGGCAGGCGAGUGAGCGAGCAAGCGUCAUCUGCCGCUCCCCGUUGCUCCCCAUCUCUCGCAUUACCGCCUGAAUCAUCACCCCCCCCACACUUCCAUGUAAAAAUUGUCUUCCACAAAAUCGGUCCCUGGUGCCAAAAAGGUUGGGGACCGCUUUUCUAAAGGACAAAAAUUAAGAGGAUGCCUUGUUUUUAAUUAGGCUCUUUUCCCUGAUGAGUUGGAAAUUCCAGUGCAAUACCAGUUGACUACAACUGCCAAAUCUGAAAGCCCAAAGUAAAGUUUUUUGCUAAUUUUAUUGCAACAUGAUGGAAUUUUUAUCUUUGUAUGUCCUUUUUUAGAUAACUCUGACAGAAAGCUGUAACUGCUAUGUCUUAGAGCUACACAUAGGAAAGUAUAGAAGAAAAACUAUUCUUUAUCCCCUACAAGGUACCUGAAAACUUUAAGUGGAAAAGAUUUCUAUGUUUAAAUUUGCCUUUUUAUCUCAACACAUUUAUGGAAAAAUAUUAAAUAGCCUGAAUAUUUUAUAAUUUGUAGAAAAAAAUGCAUCUAUUUUUUCUUGACUUGUUUUUAUAUAGUAAUAAAAGUUAUUUUGGAAGCUA